GGAGCUUCCUGAAACUUUGAGAGGGCUCCAGCAGCCUAUGGAAAUGGAACAGCCUAGCAGAGUGAGGAAGGGGUUUGUCUGCCAGGGGUGGCAUCAGGCAACACUUCUCCUUUCAGUACAGAAAUUGGAUCACUGUGUAAACUGAACCUGAUUGGACAUCAAAGAAGCCUUAAUUUUUGAGAGGGCUUACAAAUUUUUGACAUCUUGUCUGGAGGCAGCAUGCUGUGAUGGGGCUAUAGUGAAUGUAACUAGUCUGCCAUGCACCCCAUGGGGAGUGUAGACACCUCCUUUUCCCGUUCUGCUGUGCAAACCCUAUCCCGCAGCCACUGCCGGAACAUAAAGCAAAAGAUCUCCCAGUGGGAGGGUCGGACCAAAGAGGGUUUCCAGGAAGAAAGGCAGAAAGUUAAGGACUUUGGGAUCAACUAUGGCCGUGACAGCAGGCAGAAACCAGCGGCACUCGUGCAAAGUAGGAAUAUAGAAGGACCAGCAAAUGUUCCAAAUCUUGGCUUGAAAUUCCAGGAAAACUCUAAUCUCUGUUCUGUGACAGAGGAGGAGGACGAGAUACCUGAAGAGGUUUCAGAGAGCCCAGUGAUUGAAUGUCUCCCCAAUGGCAUUCUAUCAGAAGGAGAGGACUGUGGACCCUGGCGAGGGGAAAGAUUGCCUCCAGGCAACUUCUACACCUCUCGCAACCUGUGGAAACAGAUAGAAGCCUUUCCAUCUGACAGAAUUGUUUCUCUUGCUUUGGACUUGAAAAGGAAACGGGAAAGCUGUGGCUCAGCAGAGAAGGAACUGGAUGGGGCUCCAGCUAAGAGCUUGGAGAACUUGUACUGUGAUGUGGAGGGGCAGGAGGGGCAGCCAGCUAUCAAUCCGGUACCCAAACCACGAAGGACUUUCCGUUACCAUUCUGAAAAGGACCAAGCGGACUCCUCGAAUGGAGGCUACACAGAGAGGAAGGCCCCAGAACCUCAGUGUAACGGCAGCUGUCCUGUUGCGACCAUCAGUGACUCUGAGCAGAGAGCGCCCAGGAGAGGAAUCCGAAGCAGAUCCAAGAGAAAGUCCUUUGAAUUUGAGGACAUCCAAGGGUACCGAAACCGGCUAGCAGCGAUAGAGUAUCAAAAACUCCAUGAAGAACUGAAUGGCACCACAAAUACCCGUCUCUAUUGCACACAGUCAGAGGACAACCUCUAUGAGGACAUUAUCGAUCCUGCUAAGGAGAAUCUGUAUGAAGAUAUAAAAGUGAAGCCUCUUUGGAGAAUCCCAUCCACUUGGAAGUUGCCUCCUGCCCGGAACACCAUCAAACCACCCAAGCUCCCUCCUAAGCCACACUUCCUUCAUCGCAAAACAUUGGAACUGAAGACCACACGGAUUUGCCUGCGUGGGAAGCUGGCAAAGGACACAACUCUACCCGUUACGUUGACUGAAUGGAAGUUCUUCAAAGCAGGCGAGGCUGGAAGCAGGAUAAGAAAGAAUCUUCCCCGGCUUGUGUUGAAGAUACAGGAAAUAUUUGACUCCAAACGAGGGAAGAAGCGGGUGAAGUUGCUGACACAGACAGGAAAAGAAGUUUCUUCAGCCAGAGGUGAAACUAAUGGAUAUGAGAGUGAACCAGAGAAUCUGCCAAAAAGUCGCCACAAGCGCCUCCUGCAAGUACAGGCACAGUCCAGGAGGAAUCCACACUACCAAACACUGGAGCGGGACCUCAUUGAAUUCCAGGAGCAGCAGCUCUUUGAGCUCUUUGUAGUGGUAUCCCUACAGAAGAAGUCAUCAGAGGGCGCCUACACCCCACAAAUUAUACAGCAGUUUCCUAACAAGCCUGACCAUCCCUUUCGACAGUCCAAGGACACAGAAGAGAGACUGAAGGUCAUCCCCAAAUUCUGUUUCCCUGACCCCAAAGAUUGGUGCCCAAUGUCAGAAUUAAAAAGCGAAACCUUUUCCUUUGUGUUGACUGGUGAGGACGGCAGCCGCUGGUUCGGAUACUGCAAGAAGCUCUUGCCAGAAGGAAAAGGAAAGCGGCUCCCUGAGGUGUACUGCAUGGUAAGCCGCUUAGGCUGCUUCAACCUUUUCUCUAAGAUCUUAGAUGAAGUGGAGAAAAGGCGUGAAAUGUCCCCAGCCCUUGUGCAUCCCUUCAUGCGCAGCGUCAUGGAAGCUCCAUUCCCUGCUCCUGGGCGCACCAUAACUGUGAAGAGCUUCCUACCAGGAGCUGGAAAUGAGGUGAUUGAGCUUUGCCGUCCACUAGAUUCCCGGUUGGAGCAUGUUGACUUUGAAUGUCUAUUUAAGUGCCUCAGUGUCUCUCACUUAAUCCAAGUCUGUGCUUCUCUCCUGCUGGAAAGGAGAGUGAUUUUUGUUGCUGACAAUCUAAGCACCUUGUCCAAAUGUGGUCAUGCUGUGGUUGCAACACUUUACCCGUUCACCUGGCAACACACCUAUAUCCCUGUCCUGCCGGCUUCCAUGAUAGACAUUGUCUGCUCACCUACCCCAUUCCUUAUUGGCAUUCUCUCCUGCUCCUUAACCCACCUCCAGGACCUGCCUAUAGAAGAGGUACUGAUCGUUGAUCUCUGUGCUGAUAAAUUUUUGCAGCAGGUUUCAGAUGAAGAUGAAAUUCUACCUCACAAGCUGCAAGCUGCACUCACACAGAUCUUGGAGGAAAGGAAUGAAAUCUUGUCUCAGGAGCGAAGUUAUACACAAGGUGAAGUAACUCUGGACUCCCUAGUAUCAGAAGCUUUUGUGCGUUUCUUCGUGGAGAUUGUGGGGCACUACUCGUUACACAUGCUUGUUACUGAGAAAGGAGAGCGAGUGUUCCAACGGGAGCCCUUCCGGAAGUCCCACACCUCCCGCAGUGUGCGCCAUUUCCUUGAAAUCUUCAUGGAGACACAAAUGUUUGCUGGUUUCAUACAGGAUCGAGAACUCCGGAAGAGUGGGGUUAAAGGCUUGUUUGAAGUCCGUGCCUUGGAAUAUUUGGAAACCAUUCCAGAGUCUGAGCCAAGUGGGAUGAACAAAAUCCUUCGCAGUCUGGGUAAUAAAAUGAAAUUUCUACAAAAGAAGUGAGAAGUCAGAUGCAGAAUUGUUACUUAGCAAGGUUUAAGUUCCAGACCAGCCAUAACAAGGUAGCAUUGUCUUUCCUGUUGCUGGCAUUGAUAUGGGAUUUCUGCGAUUCAGCUCAGUUGAUCUUCAAGCAGCUCAGAAAAAAGUGCCUCAAAUCUGAAUGGUAUUUUGGCUCUGCCUGUUACUACUGGAGAAUUGCUGCAAGAAACUGGGUUUUUGUCUGUUUGUAGGACUGGUGUAUAAAAGGAAACUUAGCUGACUUUGUGAAUUAUAUUUCUGUUUAAUGCUGCUUGGCCUCUGCCUUCAACCACUCUUUUAUAAAAGGAGUUCUGCUCAAAGCAAUUGAAGAGCUAUGUUGAUGACCUUUAAAAAGAGAAAUAGGCCUGGAGGGGAAAUGAAUUCACUAACUACAGUACUGCACAGCAGAGAUUUCCUACACAAGGAAACUUCCUUUCAACUGGAGAGGCAAACCUAUAGGAACUGUUCAUCAGUCCUCUUCUGCACAACCUUCUUCUCAUAUUCUCUACUAAUGACCUGGAUUCAGCCAUGUUGUCUCUUCAACUGUUGAUUUUACCUUAUAUAUUAGAAAGCUGUCUAUUUUGUAGAUGUUGAAAGUAAAGUUGAAUAUUGAAUUGUUCACUCUUUUGGUUUUACGUGCAAGAUUUGGCCUGUGCUAGCCAUGUCUAAUGUACAUAUUCUCUGAUGUUUCUAUAAAACUCAUCUCCAUUACAUCAGAGAGUAUAUACCUCACAAAAGAGUAGUGUUUACUUUGCAAGGAAAACACCAUUUGAUCCCAUGUGGGAGCAUGAAAACUUUAAAAGAAUAUACAUGGUAGAAUUAAAAUGAGCUGGUUUGGCCAAAUACAGAAACACAGUUGAAGACAAACAAUUUCUUCCAAUUGUGUGUUGCUGCAAAACCUCAAUGGGAUAGAAGUGUUUUAUUUCCCCAGAAAUAUACUUCUGCUCAUCUGCCACAGGUAUGCUCAGAGCAUUCCUUUCUCAUCUGAAUCUAUCUUUGAUGUUACCCACGUUGAAGAAAUAAUUGAUUUCUUUUGUCAACCAUGACAGGAAUUGUUGCCACACUAUUUAUAUGACUAAUGACUAAGCCCGUGCCAUAAUUAAAUAUGACAUGUGAAAUAUAAUAUUGUUUUCUUACUAGAGUACUCCAGGUAUUCUUGCCUCUGUGGAUCUGUUGCAUAAAACCACAGACUACUAUUCACUGGAGUUUUGCCAUAUGUUUACAUGUAAGAAAUUGCAUCAGGAUUAAUGUGUAGGACUGCUCUGCAGUCUUCAACUGAGUGAAAGAUUGCAAAUGUAAGAGGAAUUCCCUUGACACUUUUAAUUGAAGAAUGCUGCUGUACCAGACUUAUUUCCUCUAGAGUACAGCCAAGCAGAACUCUUAGUUUUGAUUCAAAAUGCUUUCUGUGGUUCCAAGAUAUUUUCCUUUUUCGGAAAGGUGCUCCUUGUGCUGAUGAGAGGUUUUGAGUAUUUGUCUUCUUGCAGCAUGCAUCGGGGACCAUAUAGAGAGGAGAAAAUGUCAAUAAAUGAUACAGUGAUUACAUCAGAGAAUAUAUGUCUGAAGUGUCAGUCCUGCCUACAUUGUUUGGAGCAGAAAGAACUAAAAAAACCUUGGGGCCUAUAUUAGGAGUCUUGGAAAAAUGCUUUUGAGGUGCAUUUGUGUAAGACCAACAAACAAUUCUCAUGCAUUUUAACUCAGAAGCAAAUCCCUCUGAAUCCAGUGGGAUUUAUUUCCAAGUAUGUCCUGAUGGGAUUUUAGCCUAGGCUAGUGAAUAAGUGCCAUGAAGUUAAUGAUACAUACUUCUGAGUAAGCAUGCAUAGGAUUUUGUCGUGUCCAUUUGUCCAGUUUCUUUGGCCACAUGUUUUAGAACCACUAACUGACCUAGCUUGCUGCUAAAGUUUUGGUUUGCAUGUCUCACAUUGCACCUGUCACAGAAUUAGGACAGAAUCCAGUUAGUAAAAGAGAAUUUAAUGGUUCUGUGUGAUCCCCAGCUUGCAGUUAUACAAUGUGGGGACUUCUGCAUUAAAAACAACAGGACUUCCUUGUGAAUUAUGCACACCCAAAAACAAACAAAAAACUGAAUGCACAAUGGAUGUUGUGUGCCUGGUAAAAACAAACAGGAUUUGGGCCUAAGAUUCUUGAUGCGACAAAGCAGUGGCUGGAAACCUAUCAAUACUCAUGCCAGGUUUGUGUAACUUGCUGUGGCUAAUUGAUAAAGUCAAGGAGCACAUUCUGGUUGUUCAGUUGAGCAUAUGACCAACACAUACCUGGCAAAUUGUCAGUUAAUACUUGGCAAGUUUUGGAAAAUUUUACAUGAAUACCAGUAGGAUUCUGGCCAGUGAUUUUAUAGUAUGUUUCAGCACUUAAAAAGAAUUGCACCUGAGAGGAGAAAAGCAGGAAGAAAUUGGAUUCUGUUGUUCAUCAUACCCACCUUUGAGAAAUGAUUGUGUUAACUUAGUCCCAGUUCUAAUGUUUAUUAUACCUGUCAACCAUUGCACACUCCUGGGUCAGAAAUACAUGCCUCUCCUUCAUCUCCAUUAAAACAUGUUCUUUCAGAUUGUUUGUAUCACUCAACGCUAGUCUUUAUCUUGUGUGCUGCUUUUGUAUUUUAUGUUUUGGCCAUUUUUUAAAAUAAAAGCUAUAUUUUGAGGUGUACAGAAGAAACUAGUGAAACCAAAAAUGUACAGUAACUGUAAUAAACUAAGUUCCUUCAGAAACAGGUUCAAAUAAAAUGUGUUGGGUUUGUA